AUGAAUCUGUCUGUAAAUGCUAUCUACAGUCGUGGGCGCACUGCUACAGCUGCCACUUCAUUCAAGUCGGAAUUGAAACUAAUGCUCAAUGCCGCUCAAGUUUCCCGCUCUUACCGAACAGUUCUAUUAGCCACCAGUUUCUGGCUCAACAUGGGUUACUCCUAUUGUUGUUCCGUUUCGCAGCUAUUAAUAACUCGCAAUGAUGAUUCGUAG